GGCCUCUCUGAACCAGCCACCAUGCCGGCCAUCACUAUGUCGAAGAAGCCUGACAAAGUAAAGAACUGGAUCACCGGCACGGAGUACGACGAGACUCUGCAGUCUUCGGCCCUGCCCGGAAGAUGCACGAGAGACCGAUGUGUGGGCUCCAUUAUGGGAACACAACCGGACAGAAAGCAGGCGGCGCCCAAAACCAAGGAAGAGGUAUUCACUCAGGCCAAGGAGUUUAUCGACGAGUACUUUGCUUCCUUCCAGCCGCCAAAUAAAAGUGCCCACCAAAAGAGGUGGAGCGAGAUCUCGAGCGCUAUUGAGGCCAAGGGAACUUAUGACCUGACCACUGAAGAACUGACAUUUGGCGCCAAACUUGCCUGGAGGAACGCGUCAAGGUGUAUAGGGCGUAUACAGUGGUCAAAGCUACAGCUGUUUGACGCCAGGGAUGUCAACACCGCCCAGGGGAUUUUCGACGCCAUGUGCAAGCACAUCACUUACGCUACCAACAAAGGGAACCUCAGAUCAACAAUCACAGUGUUCCGGCCACGCCAGGAUGGACUGCCCGAUCACCGGAUCUGGAAUGCGCAGGUGAUCCGGUACGCAGGUUACAAAAUGGACGACGGAAGUAUUGUCGGUGACCCGGCAGGUGUGGAGUUCACAGAGGUGAACAGUAAUAAGAAGCUGGCUGAGCUGGACCUCAAGUGGUUCGCCCUCCCUGCUAUCGCCAACAUGGCGUUGGAUGUGGGGGGUAUUGAGUUCCCCGCCAGCCCGUUCAACGGCUGGUACAUGGGCACAGAGAUUGGCUCACGGGACUUCUGUGACGUCGCCAGGUACAACUUGUUGGAGCCAAUAGCGGAGAAGCUAGGCCUGGACACCAUGAGCAACAGCUCCCUGUGGAAGGACCGCGCUCUGGUGGAGAUCAACGUCGCCGUGCUGCACAGCUUCCAGGCCGUGAUGUUCUCCAGCCACCUAUGGAGCAGAGCAUUAGCCCGCAGGGUCAAGUGUACCAUCCUCUUCGCCUCAGAGACGGGAAGAUCAGAGAGCUUUGCCGACAAUCUCUUAGACAUGAUCAAGCCUUACUUCAACGCCAAGGUGGUGUGCAUGAAGGACUACAAGGUCAGUGACCUGUGUAACGAGUCCCUUCUCCUGGUGGUGACAAGCACAUUCGGCAACGGAGACCCGCCGGUCAACGGAGAGACGUUCGACAAGGAUCUGAAAGAAAUGAUAAAGAACAGCGCGCCCUUGAUAGAAAGCGGGCAAUCUGGAAAAAACAAGUCUGUGAAGAAGAGUCAGGUCUCUCCUAUGAACGGGAAGGGAACAGACGCCAACAACAACAACGACAUCAACAACAACAAUAAUAACAACAGGAACAACAAGAACAACAACACAAAUGGUCUUGGUAACAUGAAAUACUCCGUGUUUGCCCUGGGCUCCAAAGCCUACCCCCACUUCGCGGAGUUUGGCAAGACUGUGGACAGAUGUCUGUCUGACCUCGGGGCCACGAGAGUUCACAAGGUCGGAGAGGGAGAUGAGUUGCAUGGUCAGGAGCACAGUUUUGACACCUGGGCCGGCGCUGUGGUAGAGGCGGCGUGCAAGAGCUACAACAUCGUCCCAGACAAAGAGUCCAAGUACAAGAAGGAGACGUCGAGGAAGGCAGUCCAGGCGUGGACACCAGAGACCUACAGGCUCGUCCCUCAGUCACAGACGAGCAAUCCGGACCUUUGCACCGCGCUGUCAAGUAUCCACAACAGGAAGGUUGUGUCGUGUGGAUUGAAAGAAAGGACUCAGCUACAGAGCCAAGACUCAGACCGACAGACAAUCCUUGUGGAACUGGACACGGGCGGGAAACCGGAACUGACCUAUGCCCCCGGAGAUCACGUGGCCAUCUUCCCGGAGAACGACCUUGACCUUGUGGACGGCAUCCUACAACGACUGGUGGACAACCCGCCCUACAACUCUGUCGUCGCCCUGGAGACUUGUGACAUGUCGGCCCGGGAACCCUCGUCAUUCUACCUCCCCACUAAAAGACACUGACAGUUUUCUACUUCUCUACCCCCCCCCCCCCCCCCCACAGCUCAACAACGCGACGAGCUGGGCCCCAUGGUUCUGUACUUCGGCUGCCGACAGUCGGACAAAGACGACAUCUACGGGAAAGAGACUCAGAAACUGAAGAUUGAGAACGUGCUUCAGGACGUCCACACAGCCUUCUCCAGGGAGCCCGGGCAGAAAAAGAUGUAUGUCCAAGACAUGUUGCGAGAAAACGCCCCGGAAGUCCUGGAUCUCAUAGUGAAACAGUCCGGCCAUUUCUACGUGUGCGGUGACGUCACAAUGGCGGAUGACGUCAAGAAAAGCCUGGAGCAGAUCCUCCAGGAUAAGGGAGGCAUGUUAAGGGCGGAGGCGGAGACUUUCAUGCAGGAACUGAGG